CAGUUAGUGGUGAGAGCUAGAGACUGCGAGAGUUUGGAUGUGUCAGUGCCGGCAUGCCUCGUGUCUUUCCUCUCAUCUCGUCUAGUUUAACACUGUUUGUCCAUGGCCUCCGUGAAAGAUGUGAUACGCGACGACACACUGAAGUAAUGUGAACCCACCAUUCGUAUCGCCAGGCCUUCCUCCAUGGUGUAAUGGUGGAUAACAUCUCAUCUGCCCGUGCAAGAAUCAAUUGUCAGCAUAAUCCAGCGCCGGCGCGGCGACCACGUCUCAAGUUCGUGGGAAUGGUUAUAAUCGUUCUGCUGAGUGCUGGUACUUCGGGACGCAGGUGCUGAAUCACAGACGAAACGGUUGAUGAUACAUGUGGAUUGUUUGUUGUUUACAAAAUGGGACUGAAAGGACGGCAAUUUCGCUUGCUUCUGUGGAAAAACUUUAUUUUACAGAUUCGACGCCCUAUUGGAACCACAUUUGAGCUGCUGCUACCACUCUUAGCUACGGCAUUGCUCCUUCUUGCAAGACUCCUGAUCAAGUCUGAAGAUCUGUGUUUCACAACCUUUGAGCCGGGUUUCUCUGAUCAAGAGUCUCUGUCUGCAUCUGAAAUCGAACGGCUUCAGACAUGUAUCGCCAAUGGCACAGGCUGUCCCCAGCUCGCUUACUACCCCAACAACAACCUCACCACUGCAUUAAUGCUUGGUGUGGCGCUGCAAGUGACCGUGCCUCUGUCGCCUAGCAACUUCUCGUCUGAGGAAGAGUUAGUAAAAACUGCAGCUGAAGACCUUGACGGCUACUAUGGAGUGAUUGUGUUUGACUUCGACAACGGCACCACGUCACUUCCUCCAAAUGUCACGUACAAGAUCCGCCUCCCCCACGACAUAGUACGCCGAGAAACCUGGCGAACUGAGCGCACCUAUCCGAACUUUGACGUGGUGGGACCACGGCUGUACAACUUGUACAAAACCCGCUUCCUAGCUUUGCAGCAUGCUGUAGACUCAGUCAUUGCUGCCUUUCAUGUUGCUGGGUUGGAUGGUCUCUUUGGAGCUUUCCAGAAAUUGCGCACCGUCCAAGUACAGUUGCAGCAAUUCCCACAUGCAGCCUACCUGUCUGACAGGUUUCUAACCAGCCUUGAAUUCUUGAUGCCUUUCCUGCUGUGUCUGAGCUUCAUCUACACAGCAGGGACCAUCACCAGGGAGUUGGUUUUGGAGAAGGAGAAACGCUUGAAGGAAAGCAUGAAGAUGAUGGGGCUAGCCAACUGGAUCCACUGGGUUGCUUGGUUCAUCAAGAAUCUGGUGUUUCUCCUCAUCCCGAUCAUCUUGAUCACCGUCCUCCUGAAGAUUGGACGAGUGUUCCCCAACUCAGAUCCUACCGUCGUCUUCGUCUUUCUGUUCCUUUGGCUCACUGCCAGCAUUGCCUGGGCCUUUGCCGUCAGCGUUCUUUUCUCCCGUGCCCGUCUUGGCCUCAUCUUCGGCUUUGUCUUCUGGUUUGCUAACUACCUGCCCCUCAUGUUCAUCCAGUAUGACAGCUCCACAGUUCAAGUCAAGACAGCCUCUUGUCUUCUGUCUAACGUGGCCUUUGGGUUUGGCGUCACGGUGAUGACGUUGUUUGAAGGCAAGAAUGUGGGCUUGCAGUGGAGCAACAUCAGAACGUCACCCUCACUUGACGAUCCUUUCACCAUGGGAACUGUGUUUAUGAUGUUCAUCGUGGACACCGUGAUUUAUUUUCUGAUCACCUGGUAUAUUGAGGCAGUGUUUCCGGGGUCUUAUGGCAUACCCAAACCAGCCUAUUUCCCCUUUCAAAGGUCAUACUGGUGUGGAGUGUCUGUUGGAAAGCAAGGAACCCAUGUUGGCCAAGAAAAUGAGAUUGGAAUGAACACAGGGCUGGAUCCAGCUGAUCACGAGGCCAGCCCAGAAGGCAUCCCAGCAGGAAUCCAGAUAAAGGGGCUGACCAAAGUCUACAAGAGUUCAGUGGGCAGCAAGUUGGCCGUGGACAACCUGACGGUCAGCAUGUACCAGGGCCAGAUCACUGCUCUCUUGGGCCACAACGGGGCGGGCAAGACCACCACUAUGUCCAUCCUGACCGGCCUCUUCCCGCCCAGCUCGGGUACAGCCCAAGUCAACGGCUAUGACAUCCGGACCCACAUGGACCAGGUGCGGACCAGCCUUGGCCUCUGCCCCCAGCACAACGUGCUCUUCGACCGGUUGACGGUCAAGGAGCAUCUGGAUUUCUUCAUUGCCCUGAAGGGAAAAUCAGGCAAGGCAGCUGACCAAGAAGUGCAGACCAUGAUAGUUGACCUUCAGCUGGUUGAUAAGACCCAUGCCCAGUCCACCAAUCUGUCUGGAGGCAUGAAACGGAAACUAAGUUGCGCCAUUGCUCUGAUUGGUGGAUCUGAGGUAGUGAUUCUAGAUGAGCCAACAUCGGGCAUGGACCCGUACGCGCGACGCGCCACUUGGGACUUACUGCUAAAAUACCGACAGGGGCGAACCGUGGUCCUCACUACACACUUCAUGGAUGAGGCAGAUCUCCUUGGCGACCGCAUCGCUAUCAUGGCCAACGGACAGCUGAGGUGCAGUGGCACCUCUCUCUUCCUGAAAAACCGGUUUGGUGUGGGAUACCAUUUAACUUUAGUCCGUAACCAGACAUGUGCCAUUGAUUCUGUGAAAGCCGUUGUCAGUAAACAUGUACGCCAGGCUGAGCUUGAAGGCAACGUCGGCAAUGAGCUAGACUUCGUUCUUCCACGUGAGGACUCAGCAUCCUUCAAAAAUCUCUUCUUGGAGCUAGAAGGCUCCAGACAAACCCUAGGCAUUGACAGCUUUGGCGUUUCCAUAACAACCAUGGAGGAAGUCUUCAUGAAGGCCGGAGAGAUGGCUGAGGACGUCAGCAGGAGAAAUGGGGAUGCAGCCGACCACCUUAAGAACGGGUUUGCCAUCGACGUGUCCUCCACCGACCAGCUGACAAAGAGCACCGAAAUUCCGACCAACUGCAGCUUGCCGAGCCAGUCCGUAGAGAUGGGAGAGUUGCAUUCUGGCAUCCGCCUGAAGUACCACCAGUUUGCUGCGAUAUUUGUGAAGCGUUUCCUCUACAGCCGACGUGACAAGAAGUCACUGGUCACGCAGUUCCUCCUCCCCUUGCUCUUUGUGGUCUUUGGCCUCCUCAUCAUCAAGACGAGCGGUAACACUGUGAGCGACCCGCCCCGCGUCAUGACCCUGGAGAACAUCUCGCGCCAUGACCCCUUUGUUGAUGUCAAGCUCUUCUACGCCGACCUGCGCAACCUGAGCCGCAGCACCAUCACCAUCGAUGGCAGCUCGGUGGAAAUAAAUGGGACCUCCUUCACUUUCAACGGCACGACAGUGACGUUUAACGGGACCACGGUCACCCUGAAUGACACCAUCAUCGACAUAAAUUGGAUGGACGUAUUUGAGUACCUACCGAAUGUCCUGGAUCCACUGUCCAUUACGUACAUCAACGUGUCAGCUCCAGUAAGGUUUCUCAUGCAGGAUAACAUGGGCGACCUCAUUGAGGGAAACCCCAUGUCCCAGGACCUAGACUGCUGUUCCUACCCAAACAUGAUCCUGAACGAAGGAUGUGCAGAUACUCUCUACAACAGUGGUGAGAAGAGCAAACUCUGUAAAGACGUGGAAGGCUUUGGUUACCAUAGCUGCCUGUCCUGCCUUACCAGCACCUCGUUUUAUGAGAGGACAAACAGCAGUGAUUCGAGUUAUGAUGCAGAUGACACGUGCCCCAUCGGUGCCAACCACACUGUCCUGAUGGACGGUAACACAUUCUUCCAGGAAUACAUACUGCGCCAGAGUGAGGACGACACAGCUUUCUUCGAGAAGUACGUGGCGGGGUUCACACUGACUGAAAAUGGACCCAACCAAGUCCUUCUGACCGGCUGGUACAGCAACGAGGCUUACCACACAUCCAGCGAGACGCUCAACACUAUAGCCAAUAUCGUUCUCAAGUAUUUUACCAACGAUUCCUAUGGUAUAACCACCGUCAAUCACCCGUUGCCCAACAGUGCAACCAACCAGGUUGAAAACGCUGCAUUCAGUACGGAUACCUUUACCUUGUCGCUCCUCGUCCUGUAUGGUCUGUCCUUCCUGGCUGCAAGCUUCAUUCAUUUCAUUGUCACUGAGAAACAGAGCAAGGCCAAGCAUCUGCAGAUGGUGAGUGGGCUUGAUGGCUUCACCUACUGGAUUGCCAACUUCUGCUGGGAUGCCAUCAACUAUCUGCUGGUGUUCGUCUGCAUCAUCAUCAUCUUUGCUGCUUUUAACCUGAGUGCCUUCAGUGGGGAGAACUUGGGCACUGUGGCAGUCAUGAUGUUGCUGUUUGGCUGGGCUGCUGUGCCGUUUGUCUACCUUCUCUCCUUCUUGUUCAAGACCCCUGUCACUGCAUAUGCGGUCACUGCUACUUUCCUGACACUAGUUGGAAUGUCCAUGGUCAUCACGGUGUUUGUGCUAGAACUCAUCGGUGACUACGAGGACGAGUCGAAGAUCGUGGAUCACGUGUUCAUGGCCCUGCCCACUCAUUGCCUUGCGAGAGGGUUGAUUCAGCUGUCCACCAACGUUGCAAUUCGUGACACGUGUACCGCAUCCGACCUGGAUAUGGAGCUUUGUGAAUUAAUCAACGUCACCUAUGCUGCCAACAACUUGGACUGGAAUGAGCCAGGCAUUGGCCAACACGCCUUCUACCUAGCCAUGGAAGGGAUCAUCUUCUUCACGCUGACUCUACUCCUGGAGGCAAAUUUCUUCAUUCCUUCUCGUUCAGCUAAGUACCUCAAAGCACACAGCAGCGAUGCCGAGGACAUUGAUGUGGCCAAUGAGAGGUCAAAGGUCGAUGUCUUGAACCCUAAGCGCAGCGAGUUUGCCGUCAUCUUGAAGAAUCUCUCCAAGAUGUACAGGAAGAAACGCUCACCUGCCGUGGACCAGCUCAGCCUGGCCAUACCCAAAGGGGAGUGCUUUGGCCUGCUUGGUGUCAAUGGUGCGGGUAAGACUACCAGCUUUGGCAUGUUGACCGGUGACCUGAGCUUAACCGCAGGCGAGGCAUACAUGGAAGGAUACAGCAUUCAGAAAAAUCGUCGAAAGGCUCAACAGAGAAUGGGAUAUUGCCCACAGUUUGAUGCUCUGAUUGAGCGACUGACAGGGCGUGAAUUGCUGACCUUGUUUGCUCGCCUUCGAGGAAUCCCCGGGCAGAAUGUCAAGCCAGUGGUGAACAGCACCAUCACCCACCUGAACCUAGACAACUGGGCUGACAAACUAUGCGGGACUUACAGCGGAGGCAACAAGAGGAAGUUGAACACGGCCAUAGCCAUCGUGGGCAGCCCGCCCAUCAUUCUGCUGGACGAGCCCACGUCGGGCAUGGACCCCAAGGCACGACGCCACCUGUGGGAUGCCCUGACCAUGAUCAUGAGAGACGGUCGUUCCAUCGUCCUGACCUCGCACAGCAUGGAGGAGUGCGAAGCGCUGUGCACACGUCUAGCCAUCAUGGUCAAUGGACAGUUCAAAUGUCUCGGCAGCACACAGCACCUGAAGAGCAGGUUUGGGACAGGCUACACCAUGAUGAUCAAAGUGGGGCCCAACGCCAAUCUGCAGAUGGUCAAGAAUUUUGUCCAGUCGGUCUUUUAUGGUGCUGUGCUUUUGGAGGAGCAUCAGGGUUUACUGCAUUAUCAAGUCAAUAAUGAUCAGCUGAGUUGGUCCUACAUCUUCGGUACCCUGGAGGACAGCUGCAUUGGCUUGGAUAUUGUAGAUUACAGCGUCAGUCAGACUACCCUAGAGCAGGUGUUUCUGAAUUUUGCCAAGAUGCAGCAUGCAGAGGGCGUCACAUUGACUACUGGUCGACAGCAGCAGCCCCCUGCACCUUACAAUGACCCCAGCGUGAACCUGCCAAUCCCAGCUGUCAAUACAUAGGUCGAUGAUGUAUACACCCACCCACUGAGAGCUUAUGAACACUGAUUCAGAACUGGAAUCCAAUUUGGGACGUGAACCCAUCUCUGAAUAGGAAUGCAGCAAGCGCAGGUACUCAUCGGUCAUCCCACGUUAGUCACUCAUGUAAGAGACCUUAGCGGUCAAUGUGGAGUUAGUGGGUAGUUGACAGGAUACCAAAUGAGAUUCCCAAACCCAUUGUGAAUAUGUCUAGUAUUCUUCCUGUGAGUAGUCUUUUAUUCGGUCUUUUUUACAUUCCAAACAUAGAGAAUGUGUUCAGUAACCUACUCAUUUUACACUGAUUACCCCCUCAAGAUGCUGGCAGCCAUUUUGUGAGUGGACCCAAAUACAAAGAUAUGCCUGCUUGGCAGUACAUUAAUUGGCAGUUCGAAGUUGGUACUACAUUUGAAAUUAAGUGGUGGACUAUCUUUUUAAGAAAAAAAUUAAAUGAUUUCCCAGAACAGGUGAACAAGAUUAUCUCAGAAAAUUGUGUGUUGUCAGUGAUGCUUACUCCCUCUUUAAUGGUGUAACUCUGAGCAUUCAUACAGGUACAUCUUGGAAAUGAGAACUUCUUUUCAUACAAAAUAAUCACAAAAAUUAAAAGUUAUAGGCCUCAGCUACUGAGCUGAUGGCAUUUCGAUAGGCUGACUUAAAGAAAAAAAGAUGAUUAAGUGUCUGUGGUGUUUUGUCUUAGUCCAAAGCCAUAAACGAUGAACUUCUUCACAUAAUCAAUGUGUGUGUCGUAGCUUGCACAAAAGAAUGUGUAACUUUUUUACUCACUAUAUAUUUCUUAAUGUAUGCAGUAUUGUAGAAACACUGAGGUAUUUAUGACACAAAUGCAAUGUAUUUUUGCUGAAGCAAGAGUUUAUAACUAUAUUUUCAUUCAAUUGAGUGGUGGUAUGUUAAUUUGAAAUCCGUAAUUCAGGGCAUGAUGCCAAAUUACAAGUGAUGUUGAAACUUUCCAAACAGUUGUGAAAAUAGAUAAUUCGUAUGAAUUGGAAGGAAACAAAAAUACCCAUUUUGAAGGUACUUCAAACGAAAGCAUUUUAACAUUUCCUGUUGUAUAACCUAAUGAUGACUAUUGUAAUUUGUGACAUCUUGGGGUAAGACUUACUUGGGCCAAUUUUUAUCGGAGGGGAAGACUUACUUGGGCCAA